CCCUAAGUUAAAGAAUACUGUGAGAUUAUGAAACAUGAGAAAUCAGCCAACAGAUUCAAACACAGGAAUACUGCACACGUUACAGCUGUAGACGUACCAGUCUUACCUCACCCAUGUCACCCCCAGGGGGUUUCAUUGGUUCUGACAGACACACAUACCAUCACAUGACCCAUAAGCUGACCUCUGACAGACCUAUGAGCUUGACCUGGAUUCCCAUUUAUUACAAUUAUCAUGGAUUGUAUUCAGUUCACUUAGCAACAUUGUACGUAAAAAAAAAAAAAAAGUAAAAACAGAUGAAAAAAGUUCUGGAGCUGUCCCUUUAAACACCCUCAUUGUCAAACACACCACGUACCAGUGGAAGUAAUAGGACCUCCCAGUUCCCAGGCACCUCACUGUGCCCCUCUUUUGAAUGUGUGUGUGUUUGACUGCCAGCAAGAAAGGAAUACACAGUCCUCUUGAUGUGAAGGUUUGCCCUUUUUAUCCAGUAAAACACGUAAGAUAUCUUUAUGAAACUUAUGCUAGAUCAGCCGAUCAGAGAGGCGUCUAUUAGCAAUGGCUUACCGUUUGUUUGAAGGCAAAGAGCAUGCUGCUUCCUACUGGAAGUACAGGAUCUCCCCGUCAGAUCAUCUGAUACAACAGGUGCUGGACUUUCUUGAAAAAAAAAAAGGUGGUCCCUUUGAGCUGGCAGUGGAUGUGGGUUGCGGCUCGGGACAGGGCACUCUGCUCCUGGCCAAACACUUUCCGUCUGUGGUGGGGACAGACGUGAGUCCUGCUCAGCUGGAAGUGGCUUUGCAGCAUGCUAAAGAACCAAACAUCACAUAUAGACAGUGUGUGGCCGAGGAGCUGCCGUUUGCCGACGGCUCAGUGGACCUGAUGACGGCCAUGUCUGCCUUCCACUGGUUCGACAGGCCGCGCUUCCUUCGAGAGGCCCACAGAGUCCUGAAGCCGCGUGGCUGCUUAGCCCUGCUCAACUACACCAUCGACAUGGAGCUCAGCUACUCUGACCGCUGCUCGCACACACUGAACCACGUCUGCAAAGAGUUUUAUGCAGCUUUACAACCUUACCGCAGUCCUCAUCUUGGUCCCAGCUCUAUUGAGUUGUACAGAGAGGCAUAUGAAUCCAUCCCUUACCCUGACAAGGAGUGGCAAGAGUGUGUAUGGGUGAGAAAGCCCAUGCCUCUGUCCAGCUACAUGGGGUUGGUGGAGUCUUUCUCCAGUUAUCAGGCUCUGCUGAGAGAAGACCCACAGAAGGCCACCAGUCUCUCCCAGGACAUCUGUCAAAGGUUGAUGUCCAUCAUGGGGGUGACCUCUGCAGAGACAGAGGUGGUGGUGGGUGUGAAAUAUUUCUACCUGUUGACCUGCAAACCAGAGGAAGCCUGACUCCUGCCAGGACUCGUAUUUUCAACAGAGUCAUGAAUGUGGAUACGGACACAGAAACUUGAACUCCAUGUUUUGUCAUUUUUGUAAAAAGAACAGAUCAAGCGCUUUGGUGUCGAACAUUUGAUACUGGCUCUCUGUCUAUGGUGCUGACACUGUAUAUGUUUGCAUUAUAUUAACUGGAGUACAUAGAAAAUAUUAUGUGUAAUAAAUCUUUUUCAA